AUGCGGGCAGAAAUGAUACGCGCCAUCUCCAGGUCUGUUCCCCUACCAAAACAGCUAGCCCAUAGCUCCACUCUGCAGUUUUCACCUUCUGGUUGGCGACCUGAGCAGCCGAACUCAGCUGCAACUAGUUUCUUUCUUUUUGGAAAACCUGCUCUCAAGGAAGAAGUGAUUAAACUCAUUCACACUGAGGUGCGGCCAGCCUUUCAAUCGCAGAGGGAAAACAGAAGUUCAUGGACAGAAGAGGCAGAAAGCGCAGGAGAGGACUCCGCUGGUUACCACCCAGACUUCUUUCAGAAUCUGACUACAGCGCAAAACCUGGAGAGUGAGACGUGGAGGCCUUGGGCUUCGUAUCACAAAGAUGCCCUUCUAUCGAGGAGCAGAGCCCAGGCACAAAUCCUCCUGGCUUUCUGUGAUGCUAUUGGCAAUUGCAGAAAGGGUAGUGGGGUUGGGAGAGACAGGUGGGAAGGAGGGACACCGCUGGAGGGGAUGUUUGGCGCAGAUGUCUCUUAUGUUCUGAAACUGUGGUACCUGGAUCAACAGCACCAGCAGCAUCCAGUGACUUGUUCGUGGUGCAAUUUCCAGCCCCGCCCCCAUCUGCGGAAUCAGAGACUUUGAGGCUGUGUGCCAUUAACCUGUGGGGUUUUUUUUUCAUUUCUUUAAAAUUUUAUUUUAAAGAAA